AUGGCUCGAAAGGGCUCCGCAAGCUCGAGCAGGCUCGGAGUCGGGAAUGAACGGUGGCAAUACGAACAAGACUUCUACAAUCCGGAAUUCGAGGAGUCUCAAGUGCCCCUCACCCCUCUCGACAGGCGCUCUCCAAUCGUCGCCAACUUCACUGCCCCUCGCUAUCAUCGCAACCUCACCGAGCGAGGCCGACUCCAAGGACUCAUGGGCGGCUCAGACCUCUCCUCGCGCAAGGGCGACGACCCCCUGGCCCACGAAGACCGGCUCAGCUUCAACUCCACCGAGCCCCAGGCCGGCCUGCCCCGCAUGGCCACCAAAUUCCAUCUCGAGCGCGGCAUCAUCCUCGACUCGCCCACCACACGAUUCAAGUCCUGGAUGGUCAACGAGGGCUCGAGGAAGUUCUUCACCUGGACCUGGAUUUUCAUCCACAUCAUCACCUUCGUCUUCGCCUUCCUCAACUUCCUGCUCAAAGACAACCUCACCCAAGCCAGAGCAACCUUCAACAUCACCUACCCUCUCGCCCGAGCCUCCGCACUCGUCCUCCACGUCGACGUCGCCUUCAUCCUCCUGCCCAUCUGCCGAAACUUCAUCACCCUCCUCCGGCGCUCGGCGCUCAACCAAGUCAUCCCCUUCGAGAAAAACAUCACCUUCCACAAGUUCACCGGCUUUGCGCUCGCCUUCUUCAGCGCCAUCCACAUCGUCGCCCAUCUCGUCAACUUCGCCCAGCUGGCUAUCAAGACCCAGACGGGCAUCGUCGGCUUCAUCGGCGCUAACUUCCUCACCGGCCCCGGCGCCACCGGAUGGAUCAUGACCCUCAGCCUUGGCAUCAUCGUCUGGUACGCCCGUGAGAAGCCCAGACGGGCGAAGUUCGAACGCUUCUGGUACUCCCAUCACCUCUUCAUCGUCUUCUUUUCCGCCUGGCAACUGCACGGAAUGUUCUGCAUGAUCCAGCCAGACCGGCCUCCUUAUUGCUCGUUCAACCAGAUUGGUGUCUUCUGGAAAUAUUGGCUGGUCGGUGGUACGAUUUUUAUCUGGGAGCGAGUCCUGCGAGAAGUGCGGUCGCGCCACAAGACAUACAUCUCCAAGGUAAUCCAACAUCCUUCGAACGUCUGCGAGGUGCAAAUCAAGAAGGAGAAAACGACGACCCGAGCAGGCCAGUAUAUCUUCCUCAAUUGUCCCGAAGUCUCGUACUGGCAAUGGCAUCCGUUCACGCUCACAUCGGCACCAGAGGAGGAUUACAUCUCUGUGCACAUCCGUUGUGUGGGCGACUUUACGACCGAGUUUGCGGAAGCUCUGGGCUGUGACUUCUCGCGUAACAAGGAGAAGAAGGCGAACGGGGCGGGGCCGACAGUCCUGCCCCCUGCGACCAACCGAGUCCUUCCCCGAGUGAUGGUAGAUGGGCCGUUUGGCUCGGCGUCGGAGGACGUGUUCAAGUUCGAGGUGGUGAUGCUAGUGGGAGGGGGGAUCGGGGUGACGCCGUUUGCGUCGGUGCUCAAGUCGAUCUGGUACAAGCUGAACUUCCCCUCGGCCUCGAAAUCCGGCUCGCCGAUCCGGCUCCAGAAGGUGUACUUCUUCUGGGUCUGCCGCGACUUCGACUCCUUCGAAUGGUUCAAGUCCCUCCUCUCGGCUAUCGAGGAACAGGACGUCGACGGGCGCGUCGAGCUCCAUACCUACAUCACCCAGAAACUCAAAGACGACGACAUCAACAACAUCAUCGUCUCCGAUGUCGGCGGACAGAGGGACGCGAUCACUCAGCUCCGCUCGCCCACUCAUUACGGCAGACCGAAUUGGGACCGUAUCUUCAACUCUGUCAGAGAGAAACACACGGCUACCGAUGUCGGCGUCUUCUUCUGUGGCCCUGGUCCAUUAGGACAUGCUUUACAUCUGCAAUGCAACAAAUGGACCGGCGGGACCGACAACGACACUCGAUUCUUUUGGGGUAAAGAAAACUUUUGA